UAGUAAAAAAAUUCUGACUUCCUGACAUUCAGCGAUUUACUAUGCUUUCCACCGGAAUUUUAAAAAUAACCAAAAGUCUUCGGUUGUUUAUUUGUCUCUUAUUCUUUAUUUUUAUAUCAAAAGUUUCGUCUGGUGCUAACGACUUGCACUUCUAUGACGGUGCUUCUACUGCUGAUGUUAUCGCAGGAGAUAUAUUUUUUGAAAUUUUGGAUCCCCCAGAGCUAAGAUAUUCUUAUCGUAUUAGACCAGCUAAAGAUUUUGGUACACCAUUUAAUGGCAGUGUACAUUUUGAAAAGGCCAAAUUAGUACCAACAGUUCCAUUGCAUAGCUGUUCUGAUAUUGUAAAUUCUGAUGAAUUAUUUGGGAACAUUGCCUUGUCUGAGCGAGGGGAAUGCUCAUUUGUUUUUAAAACACUAAAAGCACAGCAAGCAGGUGCUCAAGCGAUUAUCAUCACUGAAUCGGUGGAUAAAUGGGAUGAUGCCUUGGACCAUCUUAUUGAAAUGGUUGAUGAUAAAAUGGAUUUGGAUGUAAAUAUUCCAGCGGGUUUUCUUCUGGGUCGCAGUGGUGCAACUAUAUUAAGAACGUUAAAAAGACUCCAUAAAAGAUAUGCACUAGUUAAUUUACCGAUAAACAUGACACAUGUACAUUUAGGCAAAAUGAAUCAACCCCCGUGGAUAUCAUGGUAAAAAAAACAUAUUUUAUUUAAAAAAAAAUUAUUAUUAUGUUACAAUGUUUGCAUAUUGUGUUGCAUUGCACAGUUAAAUUAUAUUGAGAGAUUUAAAUAUGAAGUCAUUUAGUCACAAAGUCUUAGGUGAUUACGUUUUUUUAUUACUUUAGCAUGAACUGAUUAUUUUAUUGCUUUUUAUUUAUUACAUAAUACUUAAACCAAAGUGUAAUAAUACUUAUAUAACUAUCAACUGUACCUAAAUCGAACUCAACCUCUGUGACCUUUAUUUUUAAUACUAGUUAUAUUUACUAAAUUGCUUGUAACAAUAGUUAGGGGGCGUCCAUAAAUUACGUGAGGUGUUUUUUUAAAUUUUUUGUCCC